UUACCUGCGAUAGCCUUGGGUCGAUUAUCUGUGCUGCUUUGGAUCAACAGUGCUUCCUUUCCGUGGAAUUUUUUGUGCGAGAAGCUUUUGAGAGAUGAUCUUCAGAAUUGUAAAUCAUGAAAGCGUAGAAAGUUGUGAUCACCUGUUAGUGAACAUACGAGUCUGGUUAUUGAGAUGAUGCAAAAUGAGCGCUUGCACGCGUCCGAAUACGAAUGAUCUCAUUUUCGUUCCGCCAUGUCGUGCGGGUGCUCUCAGCGCGCAGACUUUACACGACCGCAUCAGGCGCAAGUUCAGUCAUAACACCCACACAUUCUAUAUACCUCAGCACGUCGACCAACCCAUAUUUCAAUCUCUCGUUCGAAGACUGGCUCUUCAGACACGCGCCUCAGAAGGAACCGUUACUCCUGCUGUAUAGAGAUGCACCGUGUGUUGUCAUAGGACGCAACCAAAAUCCAUGGAAAGAGGUCAACCUCCGUGCAGCCCGUGCGCAAGGGAUUCCGUGGGUGCGCAGGCGCAGCGGGGGCGGGACAGUGUACCAUGAGCCUCGGUAACACGAACUUCUCCAUCCACGUCCCACGCACGACUUUUGACCGUGGCGCUACUCUGCGCAGGUCGUCCUCCGGGCUGUGCGUGCGCUCGG